CGCGCGCGUUCGUGUUCCCAAAUCUCACACGGGGUGUUUAGAUCCGGACGGACCGCCCUCCUUCUUCCCUUACACGCCAGCCUCCUUUGGCUUCUUUUAAAUCCUACUUUUUCCCUCUUUGCCAAACUCGAUUCUUUUCCUCCUCGGGACUGGCCAGGUCUUCACUCCGAGGGGAAACCAGCGCCUCAGGGCUCCUUAACCGUGGUUUUCAUCUUGCUUUGCGUGUGGACUUAGACGAAUUUUGGCCAUUUUACUCGUUCCUUCUGAGUAUAUUUAACCAAACGCAGUGCCUCCCAUCGACCAGCAUGUAACUUGGAGGAGGUGUGUUUCGGAUCCGCACCGCCAGAGGGGGAUCCCAGCACCGCCACUGCGGAGCUGCGGACGCCGGACCCAAAACCUUUCAGGGCUUCAGUUUUCCUCGUCUGUAAAGUGACACUGGAGUUAUAAAAUCAAGAAGAUCUGAGGCUCUGAUGGCAUGGCUUUGAUUACCCUGCGGAGGAACCUUUGCCAUUUAGCCGAUUUUCGGAAACAUGGAGCCCUGGCUGCUCUGAAAAGUCAUCCUGUAAAUCGCGUUCACAAGGUGGGCAAGAAGUGUGCUAGUCUGUGCUUCCCUUCACUGCCACCCGAGCCUUUCGGGGUCGGAAUCCAUCGUGCCUGGUGUAAAAAGUCCCAUUCGCAAAAUGGAAACGCCCUUGACCCGCUUGGUGAGCCAGUGUUGUCUCAGGCAUGUGAUUGGCACGGGCUUGAACAAAAUCCUAAAAGCCUGGAUGAACAGAUGCUUUAUGGGAGGCUCAAGGACUUUGCUUCCUCGGAAGAAGUGUUACAUUUUCUAAGCACGCUGCCAAUGCUGCCUGACACUGUGGCAGCAGGAGCCUUACAACGGAUUUGGGAAGUGGAGAAAAAAGAUGGUGAUCAAAAGCUGCCGAAAGAAAUCCUGGAGAAUGGCGCCUUUCAGGCCUUAUGCCUUCGGUUUGAACAGAACUCUUCGGGGCUGUCGGAUGCUGCCUUGGUGACUGCAUUACAGGCUCUGUCUCUGUUGAACGUGGACCCUCAGAGUAGCUUGUUACAAAACCUGGUGGCAGAAAGCCGACAUCGUGUCCAGAGGGGUGGCCUGGAGGUCCACAGGCUUUGUAUUCUCGGGGAAAGUCUGAUUAGACUGCAGGGUCCAGGCUGUGAGACACUAGAACUGAUUCUGUGUCAACUGCAAGGGGAAGAGUUGGAAACGUUUGCCCUUGACGAUAUUGUGGCCCUUUACAGAAUCCUUCAAGCCUGUAGCGAAACAGCGGACCAGCACCAACCGUUUCUAAAUAAGAUUAACAACUUUUCUCUGUCGGUCGUUUCCAGCUUGAGUCCUACACUGAUGAGUCAGAUGCUCACUGCUCUCGUGGCUCUUGAUCAAACUCAGGCACUUCCUCUGGUUAUAAAAUUGGGAAAAUAUGCCGUGAGGCAUAUCCCUCGUUUUACUCACGAAGAGCUCGCAAAAGUCCUGGAGGCUUUCAUAUACUUUGGGCACAAUGACCGAUUUUUUACAGCGGCCCUCGAGCAGCAUGUGGCCUCGCUGUGUCUCACUCUGGACCCCGAGGUCGUCAGCAGGGCCAUGGAGUACUGCAGUAGGAAACGGAUCCUUUCAAAACCCAUCCUUGAUGCCGUGGCGGAAACUUUAGAGGGUCACUCCGAGAAUUUUUCGCUUCAUCAGGUUUCCGAGUUAAUCGAACCGUUUGGAAAACUCAAUUAUUUGCCACCAAAUGCCUCUGCUUUAUUUAGGAAGCUGGAGAACCUGUUACUCAAGCACUUCGAUUCUUUCCCACCCAAAACACUGUUGAAGAUUCUCCAUUCAUGUUCGCUCAUCGAAUGCCAUCCGGUCAACUUUAUGGCAAAGAUAUUCAGCCCUCAUUUUCUUCAGAAGCUGCAAGGUGAAGAAUCGUAUGUGGACAGACUGAGCCUCGCACAGCUGACCCAACUGUUCCUAACCUCAGUGCUGGAAUGCCCUUUCUACAAGGGUCGGAAACUUCUUCCUAAAUAUCAAGUGAGGUCGUUUCUUACCCCGUGCCGCUCUCUGGAGACGCCAGUGGAUUUUCAGCUUUACAAGCUUGUGAGGAUCGGGCUGAUCGACCUUCUGGGAGCGAGAAUGUACUUUGCUUCAAAAGUGUUAACACCGUAUUGUUACACAAUAGAUGUUGAAAUUAAAUUAGACGAAGAAGGAUUAGUAUUGCCGUUUACGAUUGAUGAAGAUGUGCAUAAAAGGUUAGCACUGUGCAUUGAUGAUCCAAAAAGAUUUUCACUGAAUAGCAAACACUUACUGGGAAAGGAAGCUAUUAAGCACAGACACCUACGCCUGCUUGGUUAUCAAGUUGUUCAGAUCCCCUAUUAUGAGGUUGAGAUGCUAAAAUCAAGAGUUGAAUUGGUGGAAUAUCUACAGAGAAAACUCUUUCCUCACAACGUGGGAGUUCGCUGGUAACAAGAAGGGACACUGGCUUUCGACUCGGUGAAAGAACUUGUGUUUCCUUGGGACUCGGUACAGAAAAGGCCGUGAAAGGGUGUAAGUUGUGAGUUGGCCGUGAUCUGGAAAGGUCGGUAGUUUUCCUUAUACCGUGUAUGCACUUACCACUGGUAAAUUGAAAAGAAGUUUUUUUAUUUUUAUUUAAUACUAGUAUUAUACUUUUAUACACAUAGCAAUUGACCAAGUACAAUAAAGAAAUGUGAUGAGUA